UCAAUGGCUUCAAUUGCGAAUGUGCUUUCUUCUUUCACACACAAACUUCCUUCCCCUCCAAGAUCUCAUAUCUCUUCCUUUCGCAUGUCUUAUCAGACCACAACAAAAACAACAACAAUUCCAAGAAAAUCUGGAAAUUAUGGGCCUCCCACAUGGGAUUUCAAUUACAUUCAAUCACUCAACACCAAUUCUUAUACUGGUGAGAGGUUUGUUACGCGGCGCGACAAGUUGAAGGAGAAAGUGCAAGAUAUGCUGAAUGAUGGAGAGAUUAAAGAAGCAGAGAAAAUAGAGAUGAUUGAUCAGCUGCAGAAGUUUGAUUGUUCUUACCAUUUUCAGGACGAAAUCAAUGCAGUUUUGACGGAUAUCUAUGCGCAGAAGAGUGGAAAUAAUUUCAAAUCAUCAGAAGAGAAGGACCUGUAUUCCACAGCUCUUGAGUUUAGAAUUCUCAGACAAAAUGGCUUUGAUAUUUCUCCAGAGGUAUUUGAGGGUUUCAUGGAUGGGAAGAGGCUUGGUUUUAAUCCCAAACUUGGUGAAGAUACCAAGGGAUUGCUGAAUUUAUAUGAAGCAUCAUUUCUAUCAAAGGAAGAUGAUACAAUUUUGGAAGUGGCUAGAGAUUUCUCUGGCAAGCAUCUCAAACAGGUCAUCAACCAUGACCAAAACCUCAAUGACCCCAAACUAUUGCCACAUGUCCAACGUGCCUUAGCCCUCCCAUUGCACUGGAGGGUCCCCAGGAUGGAGGCUAGAUUCUACAUUGAUUCCUUCGACCUAGGGAAAACAACCUCCAAUAAUUCCACCCUUUUGGACUUGGCUAAAGUAGACUUCAACAUUGCUCAAGCUGUGUAUCUAGAGGAUUUGAGAUCCGUGUCCAGGUGGUGGGAGAAUUCUUAUAUUACAGAAAGGUUAACAUUCGUGAGAGAUAGUAUGGUAGAGAAUUUCUUUUGGGCAAUAGCUACCAACUCCAACCCUAAUAAGUUUUCAAACUGGAGAAGAACAAAUGCAAAACUCAUUUGUUUAAUUUGCACAAUUGAUGAUAUAUAUGAUGUUUAUGGAACUCUUGAUGAAUUGCACCUCUUCACUGAUGCCAUUGAAAGAUGGAAUGAUGUAACAGAAAUAGAGCACCUCCCAAAGUACAUGAGAUUCUGCUAUCUGGCACUCUACAACUUCAUAAACGAAGUUGCAUAUGAUGUUCUUAAAGAACAUGACAUCUUUAUCUUACAUUAUCUCAGAAAAUCGUGGGCGGAUCUAUGCAAAGCAUACUUACAAGAGGCAAAGUGGUACCACGGUGGAUACACCCCAACCUUUGAAGAAUACAUUGAAAAUUCAUGGAUUUCAAUAAGCUGUCCUCUAAUAUUAGUGCAUGCUUUUUUCUUUGUGAACCACCCUCUGGACGAGGCUGCUGCCCGGCAUUGCUUGAUGACAGAAUAUCAUGAAAUAAUUCGUCUGUCAUCUAUGAUUGUGCGUCUUACAGAUGAUAAAGGAACCUCACCUUAUGAAAUGGAACGGGGCGAUGUACCGAAAGCGAUACAAUGUUACAUGAAUGAGGCUAGGGUCUCUAUGGACGAUGCUUGUGAUUUUGUGGAUUUUCAUAUCAAUGAGACAUGGAAGAAAUUGAAUAAAGCUCGAGUUAAAGAUAAUUGCCCUUUCUCUGAAACAUUCAUUGAAGUUGCAAUGAAUCUUGCCAGAGUGUCUCAUUGCAUGUAUCAACAUGGAGAUGGCCAUGGGACCAAGAACUUGGAGACUCAAACCCUCAUCCAGGCUACAUUGUUUGAACCAAUUGUAUUCCUCUAAUAAUAUAGCCAUGAAAAUGUUUGUGCAAUAUAUGUAAUGGAUUGUUGUUGAGAAAUUAAAAUCUUGGAAAAAUGUUACUCCGUAUUAUCUUA